UUUACGUUUGCAUCUGCCAUUUGUAGCGCUUGUUUUUGGCUUGCGCGGGGGGAAAGAUUUGCGUGAUAUUCCGGGUUUUCGCCGCUAGUUCGUUCGCAAUGGGCUCGAAAAAACACAAGAAGCAUAAAUCAGAACGCAAGGAGCGUGAACUUGCCAAGGAGAAAUCGUUCAGCCUUGAUCGGCCACCGAGCUUGAAGCUUAUUCUGAAGGUCAGUGGCAACAGCUCGACACCGGAGCAUGGGAACGAUUCGCCGGCGUACGGCAUCCAGUCGGACGGCGGAAGCACCCUCUUCACCAGCACCAGCGGUGGCGACUACCCCGAGCGGCACAAGAAAUCGAAAAAGAAGAAAAAGAAAAAGGAUCGCGAAAAGAAGCACAAACAUCAUCAUAAGGAGAAGCGGCACCGGCACCGCGGUACCGACGAUACGAGCCUUGGCGAGGAGGAUGAGGAGGAGGAGGAAGAGUUUAACAGCUACGGGGACGAAAGCUCCCAGGCGACGGUCGAUCCGGUGGCAAGCGUGCACUAUCCCGCCGCCAGCUCCGCGGCCGUAGCAGCCGUGGCUGCGGCCGCCAGUACAUCGCUAGCCGCCCAGCCCGUCACAAAGCCGCUGCUGCCGGAAUCGUUGCUAACUCCGAAGCUGGAACCGGACAACGAACAGGAAGUGCAUGCGGCAGCGUCUACCGAGCAAGAGGCAGGCGGCCCCCUGGCCGGUGGGCUGGUGCCAAAGGACGAGCUGACGACCGCACCGAGCUCGGUCACGACGGACGAACCGCUGCAGAGCCCCGGCUCGAUGCAGUCGUCGUCGCGACCCGGCAGCAAGAUCGACUUUCACGACACCAGCUCGAGCCAGGCACCGAAAACGCCCAACUCGGACUGCAGCGGGCGGGAGCCGCGGACCUGCGUGCUGAAGCAGAAGCAGAGCCGCACGCCGCUGAACAAGCUGCUCGACCAUCUGCUGAAGGCGCUCGAGAAGCGCGAUCCGCACCAGUUCUUCGCGUGGCCCGUGACCGACGACAUUGCGCCCGGCUACUCGUCCAUCAUACUGAAGCCGAUGGACUUCUCCACCAUCCGGCAGAAGAUCGAGGACAACGAGUACGGCUCGGUGACGGAGUUCAGCGAUGACUUCAAGCUGAUGUGCGAGAACGCGAUCAAGUACAACCACUCGGAGACGGUGUACCACAAGGCGGCGAAGAAGCUGCUGCACGUGGGCGCCCGGCUGCUGCAGUCGGACAAUCUGAUGCGCUCGCUGCGCCCGCUCAUGACAUAUAUGCGCGAGCUGACGGCGAAGGAGCUCGGGUUCGAGCUGCCGGCCGGGUCGGCCGACGGCCCGGACAGUGAUUUCCACCACGCGCACCACACGGCCGACUCGGCCGACGAAGCGAUGGCGGCCGCCGUCGACGAGGGCAUCAACGCACAGAUCGAGGAGGAGGAGAAGCGCAAACAGAUCCGGCUGGAGAACAAUCCGCACACCAAGUUCGAAGCGUUCGUGGACGACCUGACGGCGGACGAGGUGCUGGCCCAGGUGCAGAGCGCCGCGCUGAACGCGCGGACAAAGCUGCUGAAACGCAAGUCCGCCCACAAGCUGGGUUUCCUGCGCCAGCACAAGGACGGUACGACCUCGAUGAAGAUACUGCUCGACGCGAAGUCGGAGGGUGGCGAGGGCGGCCCCGAGCGGACGGUGACGCUCGGUGCGCACACUGGCAAGCUGCAGUACGGCACCGGGCAGCUGCAGGGCUUCCGGGAGGAUCGGCGCAACAGCGCCAAGAUCGUGAAACCGCUCAGCUACGGUGCGUUCAGCUCGUUUGCGCCGGUGUUCGAUUCGCGCUUCGCCAACCUGAGCAAGGAGGAAACGGAGAUGGUGCUGAACACGUACGGGUGCGAGACGGGCGCGGACUAUGCGGAGAGCAUACUGCGCUUCGCCAUGGACAGCCCGUUCGCGGCCGGCAUGGCGCACAAUCUGCUGGACGUGCUGACGAACGGGGAGCAUCGGCAGACAUACGGGAAGCUGUACGAGUCGCACAUGCAGCGGGAGGAGAGUAACGCCGUACGGCAAACGUUCCUCGACCCGGUCGAGGUGGCCGAGGAGGUGAAGCGGUACGCGAACGUGCGGAUCGACUUCGACAGCUUACGUUCGCUGUCCAGCUUGGGGGUGGACGUGCAGUUUCUGGACGAGCUCGAGUGCCAGCUGAAGGGUGCAGAAAUUGGCCCGCAGCUGCAGCAAUCGCUCAGCACCAACUCCGAUCUGCUGCAGAAGCUGCACCAGCUGCAGACGGACCGGCUGUCGGCACCGCUGCCCGCCCAUCUGUCCCACAUUCAGCAUCCGUCCGAGGGUGAGCUGGAGUUGGCGGGGCAAAUAACGAGCAAUCUGACGCAGAUAGCGAAGCAACUACCGCCGGCCGCAAUCGCCCAUCCGCAAGCGCUGAGGAAAGCGAUGGGAAUCAGCACGGCUGGAUUGGAGGUCUUUCAACCGCCACCGCCAACGCAUAGCACACAAUCGUCAGUACCUGCACCAGCACUGCAGCAGCCAGUACAGCAGCAGCCACCAAACGGUACCGGGAGCACCUCCCUUCCGGCCGGUAGCAGUAUUUCGAACCCAAACACACAUCCAGCACCACCAGCACCGACUGCUAUAGACAUUGACACCACACCGAUGGAUAUGGACCUGGAGCCGGAACCGAUUUCACACCACCACCAUCAGCACCAUCCCCAUCCGCAUCAUCUGGCGCGGCAAACGCAACCUGUUGCGACCCUUCCCGGCCCGGUUCAGCAGCAAUCGAUAAUUCAACCGAAUCCGAUGGUUUCCGCUGCACCGGCCGCACAUGGACCACCACCGGUCGAUAUCGAUAGCGAGUUGCGCGAGUUUCUCGGUGGCUCGACGCUGAACAACACCGGCCCAAGCAGGGCGGACGGUGGUGGUGCCGAAUCGUCCGAUGCUGCAUGCAUUGAGCAAAUGUUGAUGGAUUGAGUGUUUGCGUGUGUGUGUUUGUUUGUGUGUGUUUUGUUGAACUUCUCAACCCAUUUGAAAGACAGAGGUAGUGUUUUUACAUACCAAUAGAAUGAUAAAAAAAGAAGAGUAUAUAAAUAUGAGAAUAGGAAAAGAAACGUCCGUUCUUUCUAAUUCCGUUACACUGGUAAGGACACAAAACAAAGAAGCAAAAGAAACAUUACAAUUCAAGUUGAACGUAUGGUUGAGAUUUUAACACAUUUAUAUUGUACGGUACAAUUAGCUUAAAUAAAUGGACAAAACAGACGAGAGAAAACGCUGUGUGGUACAAA